AUGUUGCAUAUGCAAAUUUGCUCAUUUUUGUCAUAUAUGAUAAUAGCAAGUAUUAAUGCUAUUCCAAUUGAUAAUGGUGUCGAAGGUGAACCUGAAAUUGAAUGUGGUCCAACAUCAAUCACUGUUAAUUUUAAUACUCGAAAUCCUUUUGAAGGACAUGUAUAUGCUAAAGGAUUAUACAGUAAUCAAGAUUGUCGUAGUGAUGAAGGUGGACGUCAGGUAGCCGGAAUAUCAUUACCGUUUGAUUCAUGUAAUGUCGCACGUACACGUUCGUUAAAUCCACGUGGAAUAUUUGUCACAGCUGUUGUGGUAAUUACGUUUCAUCCACAGUUUAUCACAAAAGUUGAUCGAACAUAUCGAUUGCAAUGCUUUUACAUGGAAGCUGAUAAGACUGUUAGCACACAAAUUGAAGUUUCCGAAAUGACAACCGUAUUUGCUACACAAUUGGUACCAAUGCCUGUGUGUAGAUAUGAGAUUCUGGAUGGUGGUCCAACCGGACAACCUGUCCAGUAUGCUAAUAUUGGACAACCGGUUUAUCAUAAAUGGACAUGUGAUUCUGAAACAGUUGAUACAUUCUGUGCUUUGGUACAUUCCUGUUUUGUUGAUGAUGGCAAUGGUGACAGUAUUAAUUUAAUUAAUGAAGAAGGAUGUGCUUUAGAUCGAUAUCUUCUAAAUAAUUUGGAAUAUCCAACUGAUCUAAUGGCUGGGCAAGAAGCUCACGUUUAUAAAUAUGCGGAUCGUUCAGAACUCUUCUAUCAAUGUCAAAUAACAAUAACAAUAAAGGAGCCAAAUGGUGAAUGUACUAGGCCGCAAUGUCCUGAGCCACAAGGUUUUGGUGCUACUCAACGUCAAACAGUACGUCGAACUUCCAGGAAACGACGUGACACAAACGCUUGGUACGAUUCGGCUAACACAUUGGACGUAAGAACCGAAAUGACCGCAUUAGAGAUAAUGGACGAAACGGUUGACGAUGUAUUGCAAAAUUUGAAACAAAAUAAUAAGAAAUUAACGGAUUUAUCAUCGACACAUAUUGCAUUCAAUGAACAAAGUUUAUGCUUUUCAAAUAUUGCAUUUGCAAUUGCAGCUGCAAUCUUUGCAACAUUACUGUGUGCUAUUUUUAUUGUUAUUAUUUUCUUUUAUCGAGCAAAACAGUCUAAAUUAUAA